GCGACCAGCCCAUCGAAGACGCAGCGAGAAAGCAACCAUGUCGACAAGAGAUCCAGGAAACGAUAGACCUGAAGACGACGGGAUAACGGUGCCUCGGUCGAGCGAGGGAAUGGACCCAGUCAAACAGCCUGAUGAAGUCGAGGAUCUCUGGCAUACUCUGAUACACUGGAACGAUCUACCGCACUGGCUUCAGGACAACCACUUUAUCCAUGGCAGCUAUCGCCGUGCCUCCUACAGUUACACAAGAUCUCUGCAGAGCAUUCUGCACUGGCACAACGAGAGCGUGAACAUCUGGACGCAUUUAGUCCCUGCUACGCUUAGUUUGCCCUUUGCAGCUUUUCUCUAUAUUGUGCUCAAGCCUCGCUAUGAGAAAGCUUCGGUGGCCGACGUCAUAGCAAUGAGCUGCUUCUUUGGUGGUGCGGCUGCUUGUUUAGGACUGAGUGCAUUCUACCACACCCUGUCCAACCACUCUCCGCGCGUUGCCAGACUGUGGAAUCAGCUGGACUAUGCCGGGAUAUCUGUGCUGAUUGCCGGCUCAUUCAUCCCCAGUGUAUAUUAUGGGUUUUGGUGCCAUCCAUGGAAACAAUGGACAUACUGGACCAUGAUCUGCACCUUGGGCAUAGCAUGCACCACAACAUCAGUCCUUCCACGCUUCCGAACUCCAGCUUGGAGGCCUUACCGGGCUCUGAUGUUCGUUGGAAUGGGCAUCUCUGCAGUGUUUCCUGUCCUCGAUGGACUGUGGACCUUCGGACUGGGAGAUAUGGAGAACCAGAUUGGCCUGUCGUGGUUGGUAUUGCAGGGAGCUCUCUAUAUUUUGGGUGCUGGUCUGUAUGCGGUAAGUUUGCAGCCGCAUUGAUGGUUGCCAUAUGCUGAGUAGACGAUUUUAGGCGAGGGUUCCAGAGGCCUUCUAUCCAGGCAAAUUUGAUACUCUCGGAAGCUCGCACCAGAUCUUCCAUGUCUUGAUCGUCCUGGCUGCAUUAUCCCAUCUCAAAGGACUCCUCAAAGCCUUUGACUAUCGUCAUGGGACCAUGGCAUCCGUUUGCAAAUAGACCCGGUGGCACAUGUUCAUAGCUUGAAAUCGGCAUUCACAAACGCGCGGAUCGCAUCGGGAUCUCUCUCGCGACCGGCAAUUUGCGACACCAUCGAGGUUUUCAAUUCGCGCGACCGAUCCGAAGUCAAAUCGUAGAUAGUAGCGAGGUUGAUUGUCAAGGUCUGGAAAGAAUGUCCGUCAUUGACGAGCUUUUCCAACAACUGCCUUGCCUUCAGAACCUCCCCUCGAUAUAGAUAUGCAACUGCAAGGUUCUGUUCCACAAGUGCAGCCAAGUCUGCGUCAACGCUCGCUCCGUUUUCAGACAGACUCUUCAUUGCAUCGUCAUACCGGCCUUCGGCGAUUGCGAGAAGAGAACCAAGUACAAGCUUGUCCUCCGGGUCCAGAUUUCCAGAUUCAAUCAGCCUCUUGGCUCCAGUGACGUCGCCCAUCUUGAUUUUCAAC